AUAUAUAUAAAACUUGUUUAAAUUUUAAAUUGGAUAAAAUGAUGUUGGAGAAGCGCGAUCUUCCUCGUGCAUCCUCUUCCAACAAGGACAGGCGCGAAGGAUGAUGGGUAACGACGAUCACUAACCAACAUGGCCGACCAAGGGAGAGUGCAGUAACGAUGUGGGUACUAUGAAACUUCAUCAUUUAAAACAGUCCUCAUGAAUAACAUCUAGAUCACUAGAAAAAAUUUAUUUGACUUCCCCUUUUAAUUCUGAAAUGGAAGUAAAUCAAAGAGAAGAGGAUGGGAAUUACAAAAUUACAGAGAGUAUUUCACCUUACAAACAAAACAAUCUACCUCAUAACACAUUCCCACUUUUGGAAAGUCAGGAAUUAUUUGAUGAAGCAAAUAUUAAUGAAUUCCAAAAUAAAAGUACAUCUUCCUGUGAAACAGGGUAUCUAAACGAACCAAGAGCAAAAAAGAGACGCAAACAGAGCAAUCCACUGAGGUAUCAGACAACUCUGUUGUCAAAUUUUGAUGAUGAUCAGGAAGAUUAUUUGGUUAACAAUAAUUCCGAAGAUACUGUAACAUUAGAAGAAAAAUGUAGUGAGAAAGAGCAGUUAGAUCAUGUGGGUAAUUUUCAGUGUCAGCAUUGUUUAAGAACAUUUUCGACAUCAGAUAUUCUCAGAGUUCAUCUUGAAGAAGAACAUGUUUCGAAGUUAUUGGAAAAACAACUACAUAAACAAGCUUUCAAUAAAUCUGCUUCAAUAAAUGAACAAGAAAAUAAUUUUGAUCUUGCAAAGGAUAAUUCUUCUCCUAAUGAUUGUCCACUACAGUUUUCUAAUGAAAAGUGGUUAUAUGGUAAUAUUUCUAACAAUAAUUCUCAGGAAGAUAAAAGCACUCCAUUUUCAUUACCAAAUAUUCCACCUCUUGUUGCUGUAUCUGAAGGAGUAGAAAAUCAGUCAAGAAAUAUCUCACUGCCUUUACCCAUGUUUCAUAAUUCUAUGACACCAUUAUUUUUUCCUGUUUCACCUCACGCCCAAAAUUCAUCUUUAGCAAAUGGAAAUUCCAAUACAAGCACAGGUCUUCGAAUAUUUAAUCCAGAAGCUUAUUGUGAACUGUGUAAUAAAGAAUUUUGUAACAAAUAUUUUUUAAAAACUCAUAAAGCGAAUAAACAUGGCAUUUAUUCUUUGGAUUCCAUAACCAGUUCAUCCUGCUCAAGAGCUUUCAAUACUAAUGGAUCUAAAAAUUUGCCUAUAUCUCAGUUUCUACCAACAGAAUUUCCUUCAACAGUACAUACUACAAAUAUGACUGCUGGUUUGACAACCAAUUUAACUGCCAACUUGACUUCUAAUAUUACUACCAGUUUAACAUCUAAUAUUACUACCAGUUUGGCACCUAAUAUCUCAACAACUUUAACUUCUAAUAUUCCAACAAGCCUGACUCCUAAUAUUCCAACAAGCCUGACUCCUAAUAUUCCAACAAGCCUGACUCCUAAUAUUCCAACAACUAAUAUUCCAACAAGCCUGACUCCUAAUAUUCCAACAAGCCUGACUCCUAAUAUUCCAACAAGCCUGACUCCUAAUAUUCCAACAAGCCUGACUCCUAAUAUUUCAACAAGUCUGACUCCUAAUAUUUCAACAAGUCUGACACCUAUUAUUACAUCAAGUUCAACUCCUAAUAUUUCAUCCAGUUUAACACCAAAUCUGAGUACAAAUCUAACUCCAAAUCUGACACCGAAUCUCACUCCUAAUCUUGAUUCAUAUUGUGAAAUUUGUCAAAAAGAAUUCUGUAAUAAAUAUUUCCUUAGAAAACAUAAGCAAAAAAUUCAUGGUAUAGUUGAUUUAAGUCAAAAUCCUUCUCCAAUAACUAAUGAUGUUAAAAAUGUAACAUUUACAUCUUCAUCAAAUUCUCCAUCCUUUAUUGCCUCUGCAGAUAAGUCAGUUAAAUCUGUUCAAGAUCUGUUAAACGAUCAUGUUAGAACUGAGAAUCAUAAUGGACAAGAAAACCAAAGAAUUCAAAUACCAAUUUCUCAAGUUGCAAAUCGCUUAACUUAUUUUCCAUUGCCUCCUAGCAGUGAUGAUAAACAAAAUUCUCAAGAUUCAAGCACAAAUGAAAAUAAAUCUGCUUUCACUAAAGAUAAACUUCGAGAAAUGGGAGUGAUUAAUUUAGAAGCAUUUUGUGAAAUAUGCUGCAAAGAAUUUUGUAACAAGUAUUUUCUUCGUACUCAUAAAUUAAAUAUGCAUGGAAUUGGAACACCAGAAUCUCCAAAUAAAAAUCAAAAUCCACUAUCUCAACCUCAGAUGCAGCCUCUUCAGCUUACUACAACAGAUAAAUAUGAUGCAUUGAAUAAUGAUAAAGAAAAUGAGUAUAGAAUUAUUGAAUCUCAAGGUGAAAAUUUAAUGACCACUACUGGAACAUCAGGAGAACUUUCAUGUAAUAUAUGCAAUCGACCAUUUGCAAGUCCUUAUUUGUUAAAAAUGCAUAAAUUUUACACACACAAUAUUCCAUUUAAUAAAGAAGAAAAUCAAUCAUACUCUUCGUCUGAAGAACAAGAAAAUCAUCAAAAUAGGAAUAAUGAACCUCUUCAACCACCACCUUUUCAAGAAAAUAAUUUAAUUCCUGAUGAUACAGUUAGUCAAGAUCUUCAAAAAUUACAAAGUAUGAUAAAAGAGUUAAAUGCUUCUACAGUUCUUGAAAGUAAUAAAGUAUGUUGUAAUUUAUGCCAUCUAGAGUUUGAUAACAAAUAUUUUUUAAGAGCUCAUGUAAUGAAUGAACAUGGAGUUUUAACAAAUGAAGAUGGGAAUGUACAUUCUGUUAACAGGGAAAUAAAUCCUACUGGAAUAAUUUGUUCUGGAAAUAGUGAAAUACCACGAUCUAGUAACUCUACAGCAAUCUCAGACAUAAAUUCUAGAGUUCGUUGUGAAAUAUGUCAAAAAGAAUUUUGUAGUAUGUAUUUUCUAAAAAGCCACAAAUUAAAUAUUCAUGGGAUAUGUCCAGAUAAUAAUUCAGUUUCAAAACCAUUGCUUCCCAUGCCUGAAGAUCUAAAUAUAACUAAAAGUGAAGGAAAUUCUGUUAAUUCAUCUACUUCUAAAUCACCAAUAAUAACUGGAAGAAAUUACUGUAACAUCUGUAAUAAAGAACUCUGUAAUAAAUAUUUCAUGAAGACCCAUAUGCUAAAGAUGCAUGGAAUUGAUGUCGAAACACAGGCAAAUGAAGCAGCACUUAACAGCAGCAUAGGUGGAGUUACAUGUGAUAUUUGCCAAAAAGAAUUAUGCAGUAAAUAUUUCCUAAAAGUUCAUAAACAAAAUACUCAUGGUAUUGCUGAGGAACCAUCUGUUACCUGUAAAGAGUCUACAAGUUAUUCUAAUCAAUCAGAUAAGGAAUCCUUGGCAAAAAGUGAAGAAAGUGAUUUCAGUAGUCGUUAUUUUAGUUACUAUACAGAAGUCUGUCCUAUCUGUGAUCGUCGUUUUAAAAGUAUCAAAUGGUUAAAAACUCACAUGAUAAAUGAUCAUGGUGAAAUCAUAAAAGAGAAGCUCUGUCUUCAAAUAGAAAAUUUUAAUCCUAGCAGUAAUCUUUUUUGUUUUAUCUGCAACCAAAUAUUUGCUGACAAAAUUGCCCUUCAGAUUCAUUUAAUCAAAGAUCAUCAUACCACACCCGAAGAUUUGGGUAUUUUAAAUAACUCAGGGACAAAAUUACAACCCACUUCCUCGAGUGUAGUAAUGCCUGAUUUACCAGACAUGAAUGGAACUUUAACAGCAGCAAAUAAUUCCCUCCUCAAUGAUCCUCAAUUGCACAAUAAGCGGUUAGGUGGGAGUAGUACAAGAAUUUACCACUGCUCUUAUUGUGUAUAUUCCACUCGUUGGCUGUCUAAUUUGUAUGCUCAUGAGAAAAGACACACAGGAAUCAAUAUUGAAGGAGAAAAGAAGUUUGUAUGUAGAAUUUGUUAUCGAGCAUAUCGAUAUAAUCAUUCGUUGCAGAGACACAUGUUGAGUCACAAAUCAGUCGGCCUUUCUUUAAAAUCAUCACUGUCAACAUGUUCACCCCAACAGAUACCAAAUUCAACACUUUCUUUGCUUUCAAAUACCAAAGAAAACAUUCCAAAUGAUAUACCAGAAACUCAAGAUCAACUGAAAAUCAAAAGAUAUCGUUGCAGUAAAUGCAACAAAAAGUUCCUUACUAGAGAGAUGUGUCUGACCCACAUCCAUAGUACACACAAGGGGAGAAGAUUAGACAUCACUCAACAGAAAUUUAUUAAAUCAUUCCGAUGCCAUGUAUGUAAUUUUGUAACAAGAGCUUGGAAUAUUUUAAAAAUACAUAUCAGAAAACAUCAUCCUCAGGAAGUUAAUGAUAACGAGGAAAUAACUGAACUCCCAACCAAUGCCAUGUUGGAAUAUCCUACCUCAGUGGGUACUUCAGCAACUGGAGGUUUACUCUCAACACACCUUCCUAUGACUUAUGCUAUGCCUCAGAAUCCUCCUCAGUCGGGCUCGUACAUCAUGCAACCAUUUCUUCUUGCUCAGCCAGAAAAGGAUGGAAAUUCCAAGGGUAAUGCUUUUGUACCCUCGCUAGUCUACCUCCCAGUGUGCCAGAAAGUAUUGCAACCUUUAACGGUACCACUUACUUUGACUCCUGCUUGAAAGUAAUAUUGAAUUUGGCAUUUUUUAUGCACAAAAAUAUUGUUGGAAUAUUUAAAUGAGCAUAUAUCACAAAAAAAAUUAUUCCAACAAUAUACUGUUAUAAAUUAUGAAUGGCUGAAUCAUUACAUAGUCAGAUACCUUUUUAUCAUCUGAUGUUGAAAUGUUGCACUAACUGUUAAUAAUUAGUUUGUGCAAAAGAAAAGGAAUAUCAAGUUUUCCAAUAAUGUCUACCAUAAUAUAUAUUACUUAUAUAUACCAUAUAUAUUUAUAUAUUAUAUAUGUGGAGUUUUAAACUAAAAAUUGUUUAGGAUCAGUUUAA